GGAGUGACGUCAGAGAUGUAAACAAACAGAGGCAGCCCGGCGGCCAUGACAGUCCAGAGGAGUCAACACGGAGUGACCGUCUGGUCCGCUGCCGAGGAAUCACCGAAUAACCCGGUUAAAUACCGGUUAUAACCCGGUUAUCAGGUCGGACCGGACCUUAGAGACCGAGGCUGAGUGUCGGAGGACCGCGGGGACAUGAAGGACCCGAGACUCAGCAACAUCAGCAGCAACAUGACGAUCAGUAACGAGGUGAUUCUGAGCAGCCAGCUCGGUUCCGAUGAAGACCCGUUCGCUGAGUACAUGUGGAUGGAGAACGAGGAGGAGUUCAACCGGCAGGUGGAGGAGGAGCUUUGGGAGGAGGAGUUCAUCGAGCGUUGUUUCCAGGAGAUGCUGGAGGAGGAGGAGCAGUGGGAGUGGUUCAUCCCGUCCAGAGACCUCCCUCAGCUGCAGGACCAGAUCAGCCUGCUGGUUCUGGACGCCGACGAAGACUUCGAUGUCGUGGUGAGUUCACGGUCCGCUUCGCCACCCCCAUCGGGUGCUGUCGUUUCCGAGCUACCAACGAUCUGCCAUGACGACGGCGACAGAAAAAUAGGCAGCAGUUAGUUUCAUAAUCACUUA